CGGUUUACUGCGUCAACGUUGAACUAUCGUAUGAGUGGGGUUUGUCUGGUUCAAUUCACCUAAUCCUUCUUCCUCGUCAAUAUUCGAUCCUGAAUACAAAACCCUUCGUUUUCUAACUAUAAUAAUUCUCCUUUUAUUGUUUCUUGAUCCAAAGCACAAAUACUGAAUUCGCAUCGGAAUUGAAUCGAUCAACGCCAUGGCCACAAGCGGAAACAAAAAUAUGAACGCCAAGCUGGUGCUCCUAGGAGAUGUUGGGGCCGGAAAAUCUAGUUUAGUUUUGCGUUUUGUUAAAGGACAGUUUGUUGAAUUCCAGGAAUCAACUAUUGGAGCUGCCUUUUUCUCUCAAACAGUGGCAGUAAAUGAUGCUACUGUUAAAUUUGAAAUAUGGGACACAGCAGGUCAAGAGAGGUACCAUAGUUUAGCUCCAAUGUACUAUAGAGGAGCUGCAGCUGCUAUAAUCGUGUAUGAUAUAACUAAUCAAGAAUCCUUUCAAAGAGCCAAAAAAUGGGUUCAGGAACUUCAGGCACAAGGUAACUCAAACAUGGUUAUGGCGCUUGCUGGAAAUAAAUCUGACUUGGUAGAUGCAAGGAAGGUGGAAACAGAGGAAGCACAAAAAUAUGCAGAGCAAAAUGGCCUUUUCCUUAUGGAAACCUCUGCAAAAUCUGCAACCAAUGUAAAUAGUAUUUUCUAUGAAAUAGCCAAGCGACUGCCUCGCAUGCAACCAGCGGCAAAUCCGGCGGGCAUGGUUCUAAUGGAUAGACCAGCUGAAAGAACUGCUACUGCUUCUUGCUGCUCUUAACUUCUAUUGUCAUCCUGAAACUACACAUGGGUUUGUAUUUUUUAUUGUGUUUUGUUAAUUACAUGUUCUUAUGUACCAAACAUUGUGAUUUGUCCACUCCUGUACAGGAAUCCUUAAUUUCAUCAUUUUCUAAGAUUUCUCCUUUGGAUCCUAUGAAUUUCCAUUAUGCCGCGAGUUCCACUGACCA